CAAAACAAUUUUGGCCACUUGGCAUUUGCUUAAACCUGUUUUUGCCACCUGUCAACUUAAUAUUCCACACAAAUCUUCUUUGGGCGGCAAUCAAUUUCUCUCUCUCUCUCUCUCAAAUUCCCAAUAACCUAGAUCCAGAUUUUCUCUUUCUCUCUGUCUUUCUGUAUUCAUCCUUAAAUCAAUGAAGAAGAACAUCGUUCCAUUUGGUGAUGUCGAUUCAAGCCUAAAUCGCCACAAUUUCUGCUCUUACAUCUUUCUCCUUGAUCUAGGGUCCAGACCAUAGACCAUUAAAGGAGGCCGACUAAACUAGGGUUUCGACUACUGAUCUAUUUCUGCACGUAUGUUCUUCAGACAAUCAAGUUUUGUUCAUUUGCAGGAUGACGAGCGAUCCAAGCACUCCAAAUAAGUAAGACAACCAAGUUUUGGUAAAUAUCUUCAUUCGUACCUUUUGUGUCAUGAAGGAACCAACUUCGGGCGUACUACAGGUGGCUCAUUUAUUGCUACAAGAAUGCAGAAGCGACCAUUACUUAAUAAAGCUUAAGAAUUGAGGGCAUGCGGAACCUUAAGGAUGUGUUGCUAACUACUGAUGGGGCGGUCUGCCUUCCGAAGAUCUGCAGCCGCGGCAUGAGGAGCGUGUAAUAAUCAUAAGCAACAAAGAUUAGGGAUCAGCACGGUACCCGUUCGGUACUGAAAAACGGGAAAAAGUGGUACCGGUUCUGAAUACACCGGUACUUACCGGUGUUUUACCCGUAAAUACCGGUACCGGUACCGAAAAAUGAAGAAAAUGGGAACCGGUACCGAAUAUACCCAAUAUGGUUUGGUACCGGUACCCGGUACCAAAUGCUCAUCCCUACCAAAGAUAGUGAGAACACUAUUACCGAGGCAGAGAAUGCACUCCACCAAAAUGGCACUUUGGUUCUCAUGAAACCUUUCGAAGCCAAAAGGUACUAUAGUAUUGAUCGGGUCUUCAGAAAUGUGGCUGUUGACCGGACCCACCUAGCUGAGUUUCAUCAAAUAGAAGGGUUAAUAUGUGAUCGUGGACUAAGUCUCGGGGAUUUGCAAGGCGUGUUGCUUGACUUCUUCUCCUGUUUGGGAAUGUCCAAGUUGCAUUUCAAGCCGGCUUACAAUCCGUACACUGAGCCGAGCAUGGAAAUAUUCGGGCUUAAAGAAAUGGGUUGAAGUAGGAAAUUCUGGAAUGUUCAGACCUGAAACAUUACUUCCUAUGUGCAGCAGUAUUCAGUUUAUGUGGCAGCGUGUUUAUAUAGUCCUUCUUGCUAGCUGUUGGAUCAGGAAUUGCAUUUUGACAGGAUAUACAAGCGAUGUUCAUAGGGGGUCAAAGUUUGGGCUUUAGCUGUUCAGUAUUGUCACUCGGGUUACAUCCUUUUGGGUCUCCUGGUGCAAUGUCCAUCAUUUGAGUUGGGUUUUAUGUUGACUGGCUUCGGGUUUGUUACAUCCCAGGUUUGCUAUACCGGAUCAUCAGUUUUGGUUUGCAGUCCAAAAUCCUUAUCAUGAUAUAUGGGCCUCGGUUUUGGCACCUAUUUCGUACCUUCUAAUCACUGAUACAUCGGAUCCCAUUUCAACUUUAAUUGAUUUUGUGUAUCCUUCGAUUCUUGAAAACUUCAACAAUCAGAAUUAUUUCAGUGAGAGGACUAUACUUGCAUCUGGAUAUAUUACAUUAUUUGUCUCAUUGUAGUUUACUAAUUUAUUAUUACUUGAACGGUUAUUUAAUUCAAACGAUUACUUCAAUAAAUUAAAGUUAUUCA